CGCACGGCAUAUACUAUAUAAGGGUGGCGUUUUGGACAUCAUCAUAAAGGAAUUGAGGUUUUAUUCCACCAGUACGAUGGACACGUUCACCAUUUUGUUAGCAUUGGUCCUAUGUGUAACUUUAUCGAGGGCUUACUGCCCCGCAGAAUCCGUGUUUAACCAAACGACAGCUGAUGGAAUUCAAACCUUUAACCUUAAUACCAGGGCUUUGUGUGAGAGCCAGGAGACACAAACAACGGAGGGAGUUAACAUUUGUGAUAUAGACGAUCUAAACAGAUAUCUUACCUUAGCAGGGUACCAUAUUCGGGAAGCUAUAGAUGAAUUCGAUAACAGGGUGAUGAUGCGAAGAAGUCUAUGUGCUAUACAUCCUAUGGACAUGUAUAUACCUAGUGGACAUAGCGUGGCUAGCACACUCAGAAAUGGUUUGUCCAUGAUAUCUGAAAUAACGUUGAACCUGACCAUAUCGAAAUGUCACGGAAGAAGCAGAUUGGAAGCCAACCUGGUUCAACCAAUGCAAGCAAUUUUGUGCGAGAUGAAGAGAUCGUGCAGCGACCUUGUACAGUCUGGAAUCGAUAUCGUCCGGCUUGACAUAAGUAGUAUGGACAGAACUGACUUCAGGUAUUUUACAUGCAAGAAUCUCAGGCGGGCUCAUACUCUUCUUCACGAUUUUAAACACGACCUCAACUCCGACAUUAACAACGUACCCACGUAUAGUAAUGGCGAUUGAUAACAACAGGUUCGCCUUACCGAGACCAUUGGAGAAAUAAUAUUGGUGCUUGCGUCAAAGACAGUCGGAUGCGUUUAGAAAAAAAUGGAGAUUCAAUGUUAUUUUUAGGCCUGUGAAACAUUGACCGGCAAACAUAUCAUUUACAGCCGACCUCUGAGUCAAUUAUGCAGGCAGUAUUAAAGACUUCAACGGAUAUUAAUAUCAGUUAAAAGCGUUUUAUCGUUAGGCUGAUUACAGUAAUUGAUUAAAUUAUAAUAUGAUUUUUAAUGUAUAUUAUUUUUUCCAUUACUGUUAAGAGAUCUGUUUAAGUUAUGUAAGGUUGCAUAUCUCGUAAAGAAGGGUGACUUGUGAUUUGUUGGAGUGUGUAUGUGAUCAUAUGUACGUGACAAUAUGUUUUCUUUAAUUACAUUCAUUAUUCAUGUUUCAUAGUCAUAUGUAAAGAUUUUGUACAGAAAUAUGAUCUGCAACAUUUACAUUUAUGUAUGUGACAAAAUGUUUUCUUGAUUCAAAUUUAUUAUUUAUGCUUCAUAGAUUUUAGUCAUUUGCAAGAUUAUUGUACAAAAACCUUAUCUUGAAUGUUGAUGUGUACGGGAAAAAUGUUUUCUGGUUGUAUAUUGUUUCAAAGUCUUUAGUCAUUUGCAAUGUGUUUGUACGGAUAUCUGAUUUGCGAUGUUUACACUUUGAUCUCAUUAAAAUUGCCAUU